CAGCCGGGUCAAUCAGAAUUGCAUUGGCAUCGGAGGACGCCAACUAAGUGGAUUUCACUGGUUUUCCUUUGGAACUCUUCACUUCCACGUAUUUAAUCAUGGCAAAGCAUCAUCCAGACUUGAUUUUCUGUCGCAAGCAACCUGGAGUAGCCAUUGGACGACUUUGUGAAAAGUGUGAUGGAAAAUGCGUUAUUUGCGACUCAUACGUGCGUCCCUGCACCCUCGUAAGGAUUUGCGACGAGUGCAAUUACGGAUCGUAUCAGGGAAGAUGUGUCAUUUGUGGAGGUCCAGGAGUCUCAGAUGCUUACUACUGCAAGGAGUGCACCAUCCAAGAGAAGGACAGAGAUGGAUGUCCCAAAAUCGUGAACUUGGGCAGUUCGAAGACAGAUUUGUUCUACGAAAGAAAGAAAUAUGGAUUCAAGCAGAGAUAAGGAAUUAAAAACACGCUGUGAAUUAGAGUCUCUU